UAUAACAAGGUUGGCAAGGGGGUGUAGUUACAAAAUAUCGAAGUUGAAAGUUAAGAGGCUGGAAAAAAAAUGGAGAAUAUAGAGCAUACAAUGGUGAGCACGAAUGGAAUAGAAAUGCACGUGGCAUCAAUUGGGUCCGGCCCAGUGAUACUAUUCCUCCAUGGUUUCCCUGAGCUUUGGUAUUCUUGGCGUCAUCAGCUUCUGUCACUCUCCGCCCUCGGCUACCGCGCCAUCGCCCCUGACCUCCGCGGCUACGGCGACAGCGACGCGCCGGCCUCUGCUUCUUCGUACACGGCCCUACACAUCGUAGGUGACCUCGUGGGACUCCUCGAUGCUCUGGGUAUUGAGCAAGUGUUUUUGGUGGGCCAUGACUGGGGAGCUGUUAUGGCCUGGUAUUUCUGCUUGUUAAGGCCUGAUCGUGUUAAGGCCUUGGUCAACAUGAGUGUGGUUUUCUACCCCAGGAACCCUAAGAGAAAGCCCAUAGAGAGCUUGAGGUCUUUGAUGGGUGAUGAUUACUAUAUCUGCAGGUUUCAGAAACCUGGGGAGGCUGAAGAAGAGUUUGCCCGUGCUGGUACAGUUAGAAUAAUAAAGACAUUUCUUGCAUCUCGCGAUCCUCGUCCACCUUGUGUGCCUAAGGAGAUAGGAUUUGGGGGUUCACGUAACACUCCUACUACUUUACCUUCGUGGCUGUCUGAAGAAGAUGUCAAUUAUUAUGCCAGCAAAUUUAACAAGAAAGGCUUCACUGGUGGGUUAAACUACUAUCGCGCUCUGGACCAAACCUGGGAGCUCACUGCACCGUGGACUGGAGUACAGAUCAAAGUACCGGUCAAGUUUAUUGUGGGAGACCUGGACAUUACAUACAACACUCCAGGUGCAAAGGAUUAUAUGCAUAAUGGUGGCUUUAAGAGAGUAGUGCCAUACUUGCAAGAAAUGGUUGUGAUGGAAGGAGUAGCUCACUUUCUAAAUCAGGAAAGACCAGAAGAGAUCAGCGCGCACAUAUACGAUUUCAUCAAGAAGUUUUAACCUACAUUAUACUUCAGAAGUAGAAUACAAGUCAUGAAUAAUUUCUACUUUGGAUUGCAAUGUUCUAUACGCUUUUAUGAGUGUCAAGUCUGCACAAUCUCUGGCGUAAAAGCAAGGAUUUCUUUGGCUUAAUUUGGCUUUUAUAAGAAGCAAACUUAA